AGUCCGGCUCAGCCCACGAACUCCUGGGAGGAAAGCCAGGGACCAAGCCUUCCCUCUGAGUAGAUGCAGUCCUUCCGUGUGUGCCCGGCCACCUUGUGAAGAAAAGCUGACAUCUUAAGCUCUGAGAUCUGUGUGUUUAGUGAAUGACCUGGGAACAGACUGAGUUCAUGGAGCCUCAUCACGUGGUUGAAGACAACCAAGUGGCCCACCCUCAGGACCCUCACCACCCAUCGGAGAAGCCUGUCAUUCACUGCCAUAAAUGUGGGGAGCCGUGCAAGGGGGAAGUACUUCGGGUCCAGACCAAACAUUUCCACAUCAAAUGUUUCACCUGCAAAGUGUGCGGCUGUGACCUGGCACAAGGGGGCUUCUUCAUAAAGAACGGGGAGUAUCUCUGCACCCUGGACUACCAGAGGAUGUAUGGGACACGCUGCCACGGCUGCGGGGAGUUCGUGGAAGGAGAGGUGGUCACCGCCCUGGGCAAGACCUAUCAUCCCAACUGCUUUGCCUGUACCAUCUGCAAGCGCCCAUUUCCACCUGGAGACCGAGUCACGUUCAAUGGGAGAGACUGUCUUUGUCAACUGUGCGCACAGCCAAUGUCGUCCAGCCCUAAAGAAGCCUCCUGCUCCGGCAACUGUGCCGGCUGCGGGAGAGACAUCAAGAACGGGCAGGCGCUGCUGGCCCUGGACAAGCAGUGGCACCUGGGGUGCUUCAAGUGCAAGUCCUGCGGGAAAGUUCUCACCGGGGAGUACAUCAGCAAGGAUGGCGCUCCGUACUGUGAAAAGGACUACCAGGGGCUCUUCGGGGUGAAAUGCGAGGCCUGUCACCAGUUUAUCACAGGGAAAGUCCUGGAGGCAGGUGACAAACAUUACCACCCCAGCUGUGCACGAUGCAGCAGAUGCAACCAGAUGUUCACCGAAGGAGAGGAAAUGUAUCUUCAAGGUUCCACCGUUUGGCAUCCCGACUGUAAGCAAUCGACCAAGACUGAGGAAAAGCUGCGGCUGCCAGACACGCUUCAUUCUUCAUCUGAUUUCAUUUAUCCCAAAAGUCUGGUUCGACGCACAGGACGGUCUCCGUCUCUGCAGCCUACCAGGACUUCCUCUGAAAGCAUUUAUUCUAGACCAAGCUCCAGUAUCCCUGGCUCCCCGGGUCAUACUAUCUAUGCAAAAGUGGACAAUGAAAUCCUGGAUUAUAAGGAUUUAGCAGCCAUCCCCAAGGUCAAGGCAAUUUAUGAUAUUGAACGUCCAGAUCUUAUUACCUAUGAGCCUUUCUACACUUCCGGCUAUGAUGACAAGCAAGAGAGGCAGAGCCUGGGAGAGUCUCCAAGGACUUUGUCUCCUACUCCCUCAGCAGAAGGCUACCAGGACUCGAGGGACCGGGUGAUGCACCGGUCCACCAGCCAGGGCUCCAUCAACUCCCCCGUCUACAGCCGCCACAGUUACACUCCAACCACAUCUCGCUCUCCCCAGCAUUUUCACAGACCUGAGCUGCUGUCUCCUGGUGUGCAAAGGUUGUCCCACCUGCGCACCAGCAGCCUCAGCUCCGCCCACAGCGACUCCCGCCCCAACUCCCCCUUCCGACACCACUUCAUUCCCCAUAUCAAAGGCAAUGAGCCGUCCAGCGGCCGGAACUCCCCUCUCCCCUACCGGCCAGACAGCCGUCCUCUCACUCCAACCUAUGCUCAGGCCCCUAAACAUUUCCAUGUUCCAGAUCAAGGGAUCAACAUUUACCGAAAACCACCCAUCUACAAACAGCAUGAUGCAGCUGCGUUAGCAGCCCAGAGCAAGUCUUCAGAAGAUAUCAUCAAGUUUUCCAAGUUCCCAGCAGCCCAGGCUCCAGACCCCAGCGAGAUACCAAAGAUUGAGACGGACCACUGGCCCGGUCCCCCCUCACUUGCCGCCGUAGGAGCCGACGCGAGACGCAGAUCUGGCGGCAGAGAAGAUGACGAGGAGGAGCUGCUGAGGCGCCGGCAGCUGCAGGAGGAGCAGCUAAUGAAGCUCAACUCGGGCCUAGGGCAGUUGAUACUGAAAGAGGAGAUGGAAAAGGAGAGCCGGGAGAGGUCGUCCCUGACCGCCAGUCGCUAUGAUUCUCCCCUCAAUUCAGCUUCACAUGUUCUAUCAUCUAAAACCUCAUCUCUCCCAGGCUAUGGAAAAAAUGGUCUUCACCGGCCUGUUUCCACAGACUUUGCUCAGUACAACAGCUAUGGGGACGUCAGUGGGGGAGUGCGAGACUACCAGACUCUCCCAGAUGGCCACAUGUCCGGGACGAGAAUGGAUCGAGGGGUGUCCAUGCCCAACAUGUUGGAACCAAAGAUCUUUCCAUAUGAAAUGCUGAUGGUGACCAACAGAGGGCGCAACAAAAUCCUAAGAGACGUGGACAGAACCAGGCUGGAGCGCCACUUAGCCCCAGAAGUAUUUUGGGAAAUCUUUGGAAUGUCCAUACAGGAAUUUGACAAGUUACCUCUUUGGAGACGCAACGACAUGAAGAAGAAAGCGAAACUCUUCUAAGCCCGCGCCACCCCCCCCCCAACCAUGUAGACAGCAGUUAAGAAAAGGACUGACAUGGCGGCGACACAUAGGAUGUUGUGUUAAGGCCCAAAUGUGAUUGGAGCAUUCGCAAACUUAAGACAGAAUUCUGUCCCUCAGCAACAACAGAACAGGAAACCUGACUAAAACACCCAUGAACCAAAUACUGGGCCAGCCACUGGCAACACUUGCCAAGAAGUAAUGGGGUCAGAAUUUCUGUGUUCCCCACACACUCGACAGUAGUGUUCACACGUGACCUUCCAACAUCACCUUAUGUACACAACAGGAGCUACUUCUUCCAUUUCCUUUAUCUGUUGUCUAACCAGAGUGCUGACUGUUUGGGUAAGAGCCAGCAAGUGCCCUUAGGAUGCUGCAUGGGAAAAAGCAGUCGUAAUCAUUCCGAAGCAGGAAUGUAUUGUGUAGCACCACGGCUAAGGAGGAAGAGCCUGAGGGAUGUACCCAUGUGGUCGCACCACUUUGCACACCCCUGUCCUCACUGGCCUCAUGAAGCCCGGCCUGGGCCCCAGCGGGAUGGAAAUCAGAGGUGGGGAGCUGGGCAGCUCUGAGCGAGUGGGCUGAAUAGCAGCCAAGGUCAUUUUUAAUAAGCUCCUUUUUCUCUACUUUUUGCUAGGACCUGGUUGGCAAAUUACUUAGCUAUUACUAAAAAAAAUUAAUAAAUAAAUAAGAGAGAGGGAAAAGGAAUGGUUAGCCCUUAAUUCUUUUUCUGCUUCAGAUUGUACACUUCCCUCUGCCUCCCCACCAAGGACAGGUGCUAUCGCAGGCCCCCACUGCAAAGAAAGGAAAGGGAGAGAUGAUCUCCAGUUGUGUGCUGUUGGAUGAUUUUUGCCCCAGGGCCGCAACGCUCUUGGCAAAAAAAAAAAAAAAAAAAAGAAGAAGGAAAAUCCCGGGUCCCGCCAGUGCAAGUUCUUCUACUUUACAUCCCCUGCUCCUCACCCCAGGGCCCCUGAAUCUGAUCAGGCCCACUUGGAUUUGGAAUUUUUUUGAGGUCUCUUCAGUAGUAGGCUAAGGAAAGGCACGCUUUGCUCUUGGAAAUCUCUGCAGCUCCAGGGUAUAUUGCCUCAGACUGAUUUCAUUUGACCUUUUCAGCUUUCCUUCUUGCCUAGCUCUGUUGACUUCACAGUGUGCGUGUUCGUGUGUGUGUGUGUGUGUGUGUGUCAUUGGACGCCCCAGAGUAGUCUGAGGCAUCUGCAUGUUAUUUUGCAUUUCGUCUCUGCUCGGGUGCUGCAGCUUCCGAGGGACAUUUGCACACUUGGCGUGUGACUCAGAGGUCAGCACUGAGGUCAGACCUCACCCGACGGGGCAUCCGUGGAAGGGUGUCGGGGUCGGAAACCAGCAUCCCCCGCGAUGCAUAUAGCUCAGAUCUGCAGCACAGUGAGGACCCCAGACCUCAGAUCAGGCUGGACAUGGACCUCGGAGCAUCCCACCAGAGUCUGCAAAUUCAGCAACACCAGAUUCGUAGGGGAGCCCAGGGUUUCACCAAAGCGUGCGUGUGAGACCACAUCGUGAUUCCCACACGCCUCCAGCCAUGACUCUAACGAGUGGUGAGGCAGACAAGGGAGGGUAUCUCCUUCCAGCUCCACACGUGGGUGGUUUUCACAUUUGGUCUCGUGCUCUGGGGGCUCUGGCUAGGAAUUUAAAUUCUGUUUUAAAGCCAAAGGAGAAAUUGUUCGAAUUCUCUUCGUACGCCACUACUUUUAAAAAGCUAAGAAAUUCUUCCUGUGGCCACCAAGUAUCCAAAUUAGUUAGUAGCCAAUCUCCACGGUAAAAAGCAAACAAAAAUAGUUCUGGAAAAUGCUGCAGACCUGUGAUGUGGCACCUGCUCCAUCACCUGGGUGCUGUGGGGAUCUGGGCUGGCUUUUCCCGUGUGCUGUUUCCGAAAGCUCUAGAGCCACCUGUCCUUUGAAUGUUACACGCUGCAUGUUUGAGGCCUGUUUUCACAUAUACAAGCGUGCAUGUGUGCAUACGUGCCUGUGUGCACGUGUGUGUGUGUGUUGGACCUACUAAAAUACUUCGCAAAUGAUUCUGAUGGAGCAGACCUGAGACAACCAGCUCCUUGUUGGGCUGAAGCCCCUAGUUUGCAGCUUGCAGUUCGGUGCCUUGAGUGGCCUCUUGCUUUCAUUCUCUAUUUCUGUUGCCCGGUCUUUGCUUUCUCUGACGACAGCAGCCUCAGUACAAUGCCUGUGAAUCCUAGUCCUGGCUUCACACUGGCAAAGUGGGAGCAGUGGGGACCAUGGUGCCUUCCCAGUAAUCCACAAUGAGGAUGGCCAGAUGGGUCCCAGUGCUGGGCUGGUGGAGAGAAUUUUUCCAUUAACGGGGAUUAUAAAAGACCCUCAAUGUUGUCAUUGGUUAACAAGUUAUGACCCAUGCACAUGCAAGCAAAUGUCAGGGUGAGAAAAGUUGCAAUGAUAGUUAAAGAUCUGAACCCAAAACCUGCUCCCACAAUGAAACUCUACUUUUCAUAUCUCUUGAAUUCCGUUCUGUACCCAGUGUGGGGGUACAGGGGGUGGGAAGCUUCUUUCCAAGUAUAUUAGCUAAUUUAAACUAUACUGUGCAAAACGCAUUACUGGAAAAUGUCCAUAGCCUCCUGUCUACGAAGAACGCAGUGCUACGCUCUGGGGAGGGGUUGUGGGAAACCAUAACAUGGACUGGGUUGCCCAACUCCACUCUCUGCAGAAGGCUCCAGUGGAGGGAUGGGUCAUGGGGCAACCGGGUUCUCUUAACUGCCAAAUCUAAUAUAUGGGCUACAAUGGCCUCGCCAUUUUUUUUUCCUUUUAAACUGGGCUCAGCACGUUUGUCCUCAAAACGUCCAGGCCACUGUAUAGGAGAUCAGUGUCCUCUGCUUGAACCCCACUCUGCAUGGCACACAAAAAUUCUAGUUGUGAAUGCAGCCCGAGGAACACGCUUGCUUACUCUAGGGGAAGACUUCGACACGAGGCAGGCUUUCCUGGUUCAUACCCCAAGGGCUAUAUUUUUGAGCGCUGGGCUCAUUUUUGAUUCUUUAAGUACCCAGCGCCUGCACGAAGCAAAAGAGGCCUCUGACAGCCUGAAAGUCAGCGCUUUAAAGAAGAGUCCGGAAGAGCCAGGAUACCAUUUACUCUUCCCGUGUGGUUCAAGAUGAGACCUAAAGAGAAUUUGGGAACUUGGAUAGCUAGCUAAGCGUCUGUAUUUUGGUUCAUGUUAGUAAUGAAAUGUCCUUAAUGGGACUUCUUCAGCAGCUAAGGACAAACUGCCUGUUCACUGAAACCUCCCACAGAAAAGCCAGGGUUGGUGGGUCCUACGGUGCACACUCCCUCUGCCACUCAUCCUCAGUGUGGUGACCGCCGUCAACUCGACUUCGAGAGAAGUCUUGCUGGAAAUGUUUAUAAAACUUUCACUUAAUUUCUUUACACUUUAAAGCAAACACCUUUUUCUAAAGAAUUGCUUCUCAGAUGAUUCUAUAAAAUAUACAUGCUUUUGCAACUUAAAAAAAAAUGGAAUUAACCACUUUUGAGUAGGUAGGUCUUUCUAAAGAUUCUUUCAAAAAGCGUUCGCGUUCUGUGCGUUGAAGGGGUAGGCGAGCCCUCUCUUUGGCUGUCAGGAAAGAGUGGGGAAGGCAGUAAACUCCAUGAACUUCAUGUAAUCCCCCCGUCGGUGUCCUCCGAGACCAGCUGUUUUUACAAAUCACCUCUUCCGUAUGACUGGUCACUGUUUUAUCCACUCUUCCUAGGCCAGCCUUGACCCGACUCGAUCUUUAAAAUAAUUUUCUUUGGACAAACCAAGUGUUUGUGAGUAAACCCUACAACUCACUCAUUAGUACUCCCUUUUGAAGGAUGUUCUAUUCAGAAAAAAGAUCAUUUCAGGCGUGAGAUUUGCUGUGAUAUCACCUUAAAUUGAUAAUGUACAUUAAGGAAACUAGGCAACUAUGCUGUGAUGAAAGAAAGAGAAAUUUUUACUUUGGCUUAAAAAAAAAAAAAUCACUCUUUCCAUUUGCUGCCAGGAAGCCAUGAGGAGAUGGUGAUUGAUCUGCUUUGCAUAUGGAUUUUUGUGUUUUUAAGUGGGUGAGUUUCAUUUAUGGCAAAGUGGAAAGGGGGAGGCGGUCUGUUUCAGCUGGAAGAAAUUUCUAAGCAGUAUAUGUAAACACAGCAAAAUCAAACAAAUGCAAUGAUGGUUGGGGUAAUGGACUGGCAGUUGUUACCAUGAAAUAAAAUUCUUCCCCAAAGUGUCUUCUCUCAAGAAUGAAGACCCCGCGAGUCACUUUUCGGACCUCACUCACCAAAGGUAGCGGGAGACACCACUAGAUCCACUGCCAUUCAGAAAGGUGGGGAGCCCCUUAAUGACUGUACGUGCCUGUGUUUCCUUAUCCCGUGGAAGAGAAAACAAGUGUCCCCGAUAUUGAUGUUCCUUCUGGGUUCUGGGUACGGACCCGUCCAGUAAUAAAUGUGUGGUGUCUGUGAGUUGCUGACAAUCCUGCAUCCGGUUCUCUUGGAGUCCUUUCAUUUUAAGUUCAGUUGAAUGGAAUUUUCUUGCAAGCAUCGGAAGACGUCCAGUUCUUCCUUCCCUCCCCUUUCAGAAACAUGAAAGUGAGUAUUGGGAAGAACCGCUGUGUACAAGAUGUGUCGUGUCCCCGUGAAAGUGAGUGGGUGUCGGUCUGCGCCCGGCAGACCACAGACAUGUGCAGAGGCAGGGGUGGCCCCGCGGCCCCACGUUGCUGUGCUUAACGGCCCCGACCUGCUUCGCGCUCCUGUUGCAAGCCACACUCGCUCCCCGCCCUGCCCUCCGCGUCACUGCUGUACACUCACCACUCAGUGAAUAAAGUGUGUGCUUUAUUCUAUCCA